AUGUUUGAUUAUUUUUAUGGAUAUAAUUUGAAGUUUUCUACAGAUUAAGAUUAUGAAUUAUAAAAUGUGUUAAACCAGUUGGAUACAUUAGAAUUAGAAGGGAUGGUUAUUGAUAGUUCUUUGUUGAUUAGUCAAUAUUCAAAAGAAUGGAUGAACAAGAUUGCUAGUUUAAACUAAAUUAAUCAAGCAUAUACAAUUUAUAUUAUAGGUAUAUCAAAUAAUUAACUAUUGAUUCAAAACACAUUAUAUAUUCCACAAUAAUUAAAUUAAGUAAUUUGCAAUGAAAUUACAUUUCUAGACAAUGAAUAGAUUUUGGUGAAUUGUUUUAAUAGCCUUGCUGGAUAAUUCAAUUAUUUUUUUUAUGUCUCUUAGAUUCAUGAUUAAUUUUCAUGGCAUAUUUUACCAUAUACACCAUCAACUCUGUAAUAUCAAGUGUAACUAUUCGAUUUGCAAGUAGCAUUCGAAAAGGAGAAUAAUCUCUUGAUAACAUUGGGUAGGUACAACCAAGAAACAUUGUCUGGAGUAAUUGAGAUCUAUUCUUACACUUAAUUAAGGAAUCAGCAGACUUAGAAUCCAAUAUAAAUAUUUAAUCAAACCCAAUAUAGAUAGUAUAAGAUAAGCAAUUAAUUAAUUUAUCUAAUGAAUGCAACAAAUGUGAUUAAUGUUUAUUCUUUAAUCAACUUUACUCAGACUGAAUUAUACAACAUUAGUUCGUUAAUUUAAGCAAAUUAUGAAUUGCUAGCUUUCGAUGUAGAACCUUAUGGAGAGGACUUGCUAAUCUAUACAACUUUGAAUGGUGAAAACUUAUUUGAAAUUACCACAACAGAUAUCAUUCGUGGUUACAUAGUGAGAAUUGAUUUCGAAUAAACUUCAAUUCCAUAAUUAUUUAGUAAUCAUGAAUUGAUUACCUUGUACAUCGAUGAUUAAUACUACGUAUAUGAUAGAAUUCAGCCUAACAUUAUCAUCAAUACUUAAAUAUAAAAUGUAAUCGGUUUAAACCAAUUGCCAUACAAUAUACUAACUUACACAACCAAUACUCUUUAUUAUUAUCAAAUCCUACAACCUCAGUUAUUUAUUGAUUCUACAACUAACUCCAACAUUGUAUUGCAAGCAACUUCGAGUGAGCAGAGUAUUGAAAUUAAUUGUUCUGUUACCAUAAAUGUCACAAUUCAUGGAUUGGUUCCAGGUUUGUACCAAUAUGAGAAGAAUUUGCCUCAAUAGAUAAUAGUUAAAACAGAUAAGAUAUAUCUCAAUGUAUUAAGCUAUGUUAGUGGCCCCUUAAUUACGAUUUCAGCUUAAUCAUCAAAAGAGUCCAUUAAUAUUUAUGAUCCUUCAGUUUAAGUUCAAUUGUCUAAACAGAUUUGGGAUCAGAUAAAUGGAGUCUUUUCAUUUUAUUCAGCUGAUUUCCAAUCAUAUGCUAUGUUCAUACUUUAAUAUCAAUAUGUUAAGGAAAUUAUUAGGUACAGUCAAAUUUCACUUAAAUUGUGCGAUGUCAAUCUUUUGGAAUACAUAGAUUUGGAAGAAAUGGAAUGUCGUGAUUAUUCAUAAAUAUUCGAGUUAAAUGCCCCUAUAAACAAAUUAUAGUUUACUGAUUUGACAAAUCCAGAUGAAGUGUAUUUUGUUGCAGAUAUUGCUUAUAGUGCAGUGCUUAUCUACAAGUUGAAUUAAUUUAAUGCAUUUACAUUGGUUUAAGCUGAGUUUUUGUGUGAACCACUUCCAAUAGAUGAUCAAGAUUAUUUCCAUUCAAUUACAGAUUUCUAUGUGAUAGGGAACUAUUUGUAUUUUAUAUUGGCCAGAAUACAACAAAUUUGGAUUUAUGACAUUCAAACAUGCACACUUGUAUUCAAACUCACAAAUUCCUUUUUUGAUACUGGCUUUUUCCCAGCAUCUUUGGCUGGCAAGACUAUUGUUGAUGAGAAUAACAAAUUGAGACAAAUCAUUUUUAUUAAUUCAUUAUAAUAUGUUUAUGUGAUGGAAAUGGUUAAUAAGAUUCCAAUAUAUCAAAACACAAUUACUUUGGAUUAGUACACUAAUAUUAAGUCACUCUCUAUUGUCAAAGAUUCUAUUAUUCUUGUGGUUUAAGAGAAAAUCGGAUCGACUUCCAUGUAUCAAUAUUUUUAUUCGAUUGAUUAACCUACAAAUGAAAUUAAAUUCAUUAAGAAAUUACCUUAAUAUGGUGUGAGUAUUAAUAAUAAAUUUAUUGUUGCAUCAGAUGACUCCUUGUUUUAUAUUUUAAUGAACAACAACUUUUACUACGUUUACAACCCUACAUUAUCUUCUCAAGACUGUUUAAUCCAAAAAUUAAAUUACAUAGGUGAUUACAUUUCAGCCACUCACAUUCCAAAUAUCUUAAAAUAGAGCAAUGUCAUGAUAGCCAGCCAUACAAAUGUGGCAAUUUACUCAGUAACAAAUCCUACUUACCUUUUGGUCGAACAAAGCGAUCCUUUAAAUUCUGUAUAAAAAGAGCAAGUUAAAUAUUUAGUUGAGGUGCAAUCUUAAAUCAGUAACAGUAAUAUCUAAAUCGAGGGUUCCUUUAUAGCUUAUGACACUUUGUUUGUCGGCUUUGCUAAUUAAACUCUAUUUUUAGAGAACAAUUAAAUCGAUGAAGUUAUUAUUUUGGAUUCUCCACAAUUCAGCUUCGAUUUCAAUCUAGAAGGAACCAUUUAAAAUAACGUAGUUUCAUAUUCUGCAGCUCCUCCAUUUAUUGAUGGUUAUCCACAGUUUUUGUGUUUAGUUAGACAACCAUUCUCUUAUGAAUACGCAAUCCAAUCCACUCCAAAAGAUAUAACUUAAUUCACUUUUACGCCUUAAUUACCUCAAGUCUAUGCAUAAAAUAUAGGAGCAUUGUAUCAAGUACUCAACUAAGAAUUUGUGUAAUUGAUGAGUUAUAAUGAUUAAUUUACUCAUUGUUGGGCACUGUUCUAUUACAGCCAAUAGUAAUAAAUCAUUUCCCUUUGUUCACAAUAUUCAGAUUAUACCUUUACUGUUUUCAACCAGGCUUAAUUAUUACAUUAGCAAUAUUAAGCCAUUAAUAAAUUCUAUUUCCCCCUUAAAAUGGAAUACUAUUCUAAUUUUGUUAGUACUUUGGCAAUAAAAUAAGGAGAUCGAAGCUAUUCUAUUUUGAUAGGAAAUCUCUCCAAUGCCAAUUUCUACUAAAAUAUAUAACUAUAAUGUCAAAUCCAAAGUGCUGAUUAGAUAUCCUCUCAAGAAGUUGGAGAUUUCACAGCUACCUAAAUUAAUGGUAUGUUCUUAUUCAUAUAUGUUUGUCCAUUGUUACAACAAAUUCAGUAUGCUACAAUUUCAUCCACAGGAAACACAAUACUUAAUCAAUCCAUCAUGCACAUACAAACUGAAUUACCCAAGAAGGCCACUCUAUAAGAGAUCAAAUUAAUUCAGUUCGAAGGACAAUAAAUAAACUUUCUUGUGACUACUAAAGAAUUCUACAGCAUCAUCUUGUAAGCUAAUUACAGUUUUUAAAAUGAAUACAUUGUAUUAACAAACAUUAAUUCCAAUAAAUAAGUUGCACCUAUGCAAUAAUCAUACUAACUGAAAAAUACUUUAUAUUUCAAUAACUUCUUGUUUUCAACAUAUCAUGAUACCAAUAUUGACACCUACCUUUUAGCUCUCUAUGAUCUAGGCAAUCUCAAUUCCAAUAUCUAUUACUCUAUUGACACCCUUAGAUUCAAGUCUCCAAUUACUUAUACAGUACAAGGAGUUUAUAAUACUGUUUUAGUAAUGGAUACUGUGCCAGUCCUUUAUUCUUACAAUUAUACCAAUAGGGUGGGUUUACAAAUAGAAAACAUGUAGCAAACCUUCUACCAGCAAAAUUUAUACCUUAAUAUUAUCUAGAAAUAUGGACCUGCCCAAUCUGUGCUAUUGGUAUUUUACUUCCCUCUAAUUGGAUAUACUGAAAAUUGGGUUAAAUACACAUGUAUCGGAGUUGGAUCUUUAUAUGUGAUUAUUUUAAUUACUAUUAUUGCCGUUUAUGGACACAAAAAGAGAAAGUAGCCAUCAGAAGAUAUGCAAGCAUUAGAGUUGAAUUUAAGAUGA